UAAUGAGAAUUAGCAGAUUCCCGUCCAUGAGGUGUGCAUGAGGAUAAAUAUAAGAAGCAUAGUGCCUUCACUUUACGUCAUUUCUAUACAUCUCUUUUUCUGUAUUUUCUUCUUUCAAUUCCAUCAGAACUAUUUACCUGGAAGAUCAGUUCCCUAAGAUGAAAAACUUCAUGCAAAAAGAGUACUUGCCUUCUUAUAUUCAAGGAAGGUCAAAUCUCUUUGGUGAUCCAAUCAUGUUAGGCGCUCUGGCUCAUCAGACUGCUUGUCAAGAUCAUCCUGGUAGACGUGAUAUGAUCAAAUCAUCAUCAGCAGCAGCAGCAUCACCUGAUAGGCUGUUUUCCUGUACAGAUUCUACUUCUUCCACUACACAGGAUGUUAUCAUCCAUAAACACCACCAUACACGUCCAUUUGCUUCACCAUCAGGUGCCAAAGAAAGCUUCAUUCCUGUAAAUUUUUUGGAUACGUUUCCAAAACUAACCAAAGCUCAAGUUUCUGAUCAACCCUCUUCUCCAUCUUCAUUAUCAGCCAUAUCCAAAUUCCCAAAUUUAACUUUGUUUCUCCAGGAACCUACCAUGUUAGAUCCAUCUACACCAAUUGCUGACUCCCCUACAGACAAAUGUCAAUCCAUGGCAUCGUCAUCAUCAUCGCCAUCAUUCUCUUCAUUUCCCAUAUCCCAAAUCGGCCAAAUUCAGUCCCAUAGGGGCAAUGAUCAAUGGCUCAAAAUCGAUCAAAAUAUGACAAGCUACUCCUCUAAAGGCCUUAUAAAUGACUCAUGGCUCAGCACCACCAAGACUCAGCCCAUGAAGUACACCGCAAGAAGAACGCAAAAUCAGGUACAGAAGAUGAAUAAUAUUUCAUCCGUUUCAUCACAAGUAAAGCUUUUCAGAGGGGUGAGGCAAAGGCACUGGGGGAAAUGGGUUGCUGAGAUAAGGUUACCAAGAAACAGGACAAGAGUUUGGUUAGGGACUUUCGACACGGCGGAACAGGCUGCCAUGGCAUACGACACGGCGGCUUACAUGCUACGUGGGGAAUACGCACAACUGAAUUUCCCAGAUCGAAAGCAUCAGCUGAAGGCCAAUUCUUUGAACGGGGCCACAGCAGCCCUUCUCGAAGCAAAGUUACGGGCGAUAUCACAUUCGCAGGGCGUUUCCGGUCACAAGAACCCCGCCGAGCCGCCGCCAACAUCGCCAAAGAACUGCUUAGCUGAUCAGAAUAGAAAAAGAAAAGACUGGCAGAUUGAGUUGGAGAGCAAAGUCGGAUCAGAGGCGAUUGAGAACAAGAAAAGCCAGGAGGUAUUAUCAGAUGCGGAUGCUGUUCAGUUAAGUAGGAUGCCCUCCUUGGACAUGGACAUGAUCUGGGAUGCUCUUUUAGUCUCAGAGUCAUGACCAUCAGCCCCCCAUGGUUUCUCUUCAUGUGGUAUUUAUGUUUUUACUCAACCAUUUUUCUUUCAGUAGGAAGAGCCAUAGUUUCAUAUUUUCCCGUUACUGGUCAUACUACAGGAUCCAUGCAAUCUUUUGCCAUGAUGAUAUUUGGUUUGAGGAUGUUCUUCAUGCGGGUUUUUCAUUUUUCUUCUGUAAUUUUGUUUCUGGUAGUUUGUUAGUUUCAAGUACUAUUUUGUUCUGUUAAGGGAGAAGUUUUGAACUUCGGACUUCGAUUGAUAUUCCAAAUGAGAAAAGAACGUGGGAGGGGGAUUGAUGAGCCCUUUUACAAGGAUCAAACGUAAAGGUUGAAGAAAAAUGCUACGUGUACUUUUAGUUGCUAAUCUUUAAUUCAAUUGGACAGGUUAAUCUA